AUGAUAAAGAUGGCCGACGAGGAGGAACAGGAACCAAAUAAUACGUCAGAUAAUGUGAAAUUUCCAUCAGAACGCUCGGCCAGACAAGCUAAAAAGAACGCCAGAUUAACUCAAAUUAUCCUCAAGAAUGAAAGAAAUGCAGCUACGAGACUUGUUUCUGGAAUUUUGAAGAAAGCAGCAAGUGACAGGACAACUGAGGAACUGGAAGUUUUGUCUAAGUCACCUGAAUUAACAAGUAGACUCCAAAAACUAGCCCAAAAAAGAGAUGCAGCAAAAUCAAGACAUCUUGAGGUUGAGGAUCCGGAGGAUGUGUUGCAGUAUAAGUGCCAACAACUUGCAGAAGCUAUUAAAGCCUCAAAUAAUGUGGUAGUUUACACGGGUGCUGGCAUAAGUACUGCUGCUUCCAUUCCUGACUACCGAGGACCCAAUGGAGUGUGGACUUUAUUGCAGAAAGGCCAACAACCAGAAGCCCAAGAUUUAAGUGAUGCAGAGCCCACAUUAACACACAUGAGCAUCACCCAGCUUUACAUAAAAGGACAUGUAAAACAUGUGGUCUCUCAAAACUGUGAUGGUCUACAUUUAAGAAGUGGAUUUCCCAGACAGAUCUUAUCUGAAGUACAUGGCAACAUGUAUAUCGAGGUGUGCACCCAUUGUAAGCCUCAGGUAGAGCAUAUCCGAUUAUUUGAUGUGACAGAGAAGACUGGAGUUCGACGACACAGCACCGACAGAUCUUGUCACAUCUGUGGAAAACCACUGAAGGACACCAUUGUUCACUUUGGUGAAAAGGGUGGACUCAAGUCCCCAUACAGAUGGAAGGAGGCAGCAAAAGCUGCUAACAACUGUGAUAUUAUUCUUUGUCUUGGAACCAGUUUAAAGAUAUUAAAGAAAUAUCCUUGCCUAUGGUGUAUGGACAGAAGACUCCACAAACGGCCCAAACUGUUCAUUGUCAAUCUUCAAUGGACUCCCAAAGACGACACAGCUACACUGAAGAUAAAUGGUCGCUGUGAUGAAGUCAUGAAGAGAGUUUUAGAGAUGAUGAGAAUACCCAUACUUACUUACAACAGAGAGGAUGACCCUAUUUUUAGCAUGUAUUCAGCUCUUAAGAGAUCUGAAAGACUUUCAACAACAAAAAAAAUACUCAAGAUACCAAAUACUCUUCACAAAAGGAAAAACAGGAAACCGACCAAAGAACUCGUUGUUGUGGAUGUGCAAAAAGAGGAAGCAUUAAAAGAAGAGAAGCCAAUGGACCCUAUGUCUGUGAACUGUACAGUGGGGAGUAGUGUCCCUGUUCAACCCUUUGUUUCCCCAACAGAUACAAGGACUGGACCACCCCCAUUACUUAAUCCAAAUAAUGGUUCUUUUUUUCCUCCCCUUCCAACAUUUCCGAAUGGAACAAAUCAGCUACCACUCAUGCAACAAUUUCUUAAUCUGAAUGCACUUAUUCUUGCCACAAACAUUCAACAGAUGUCAAAUCAAUUAUUGAACAGUGCUUGUGAGAAGUGUAAGGUUAGACGAGAUUUAAACUGUCGGUGUAUGACUUCUUUGCCUCAGGGACUCGGAGUACCCCUCCUUCCAGGAUUGCCUCCCUUUCUUCCAUUCCUGCCUCAGCCAUCUUUGCUGGAUUACCCUAGGUUGGGCAUGCCAGCAGUCCCCCCUCAAUGGCUUCCUUCCACUCAGGGAAUGUUUCAGUCACCUAUGAGUGCACCUUCAAACAGUGUGCGUGCCAUGCUGAACGACCACUGCUACCUCAACAAAGCUCAGAUGCAAAAACUGUCUCCCCAAAGUAAUGUGUUGUCUCCUCCACUGUCACAAAUGCAGCCGCCCAGGCAGAACAAAGUUAAAAUGACAAAGUCUUCCGAGAACGAGAAAUCAAAUCAUAAAAUAAAAGUUGAAUCCUCCAAGUCUUCCCUAAAAAGAGAAAGAACUUAUCCUUCAUCUGUCACCUUUUCACUGGAGAGUCCUACAGAUGAAGAAUGUCCUCGUUUGGGCAUGUCUGACCCUGGCAUCCAAAUUCAGGACAAUCGUGUGAAAGAGGAAAAUCAAGAAUUGCCUCUAAACAGCAUUAACAAAGACAAAUCAUGGCCCUCUGUGAUAACCAAAGACAAUUUGACCUUGGAAAGAUCUGUGUCUGAACAGCUUAUUUGUGAUAAGACUAAGGAGGAAGAUGAUGAGGCAUCCCCAAACAAAAAAAGAAAAAUCGUAAGAAGCACCUCUGUUCCUGGCUGGUUUGGGAAGGGGCUGAAUCUGAAAAAGAAAAGAAGAGUCUGAGAAAAGAUGUUUUCAAUUGAGCAUUUGAAAUGAACAUAUUGAAUAAUUGAGCAUUUUGUGUGUGUGUGAAAGGUUUCAUAUUUUUUUGUGUUUCUAUACAUUUCAUGCUGGUGCAAUAUAUUUUCCCCCCUUUCUUGUUUACUAAUCAUACUGGGUAAUAUUGAUAUUUCACACCAUGAUCUCAUAAUGAUACUAGUACAAAGAUUUGAUUUAAUGGUGUUUAUCAUGUGAGAAGAUAUUUAUUGCAUUAUGUCUGUGCAUUUAUUUUGGUAUGUUGUACUAAACACUAGUGCUUUUCUACUUAAAAAUUUCUGAAGGUACUGGGUUAGACUGGUGUUUGUUUUUUUUUUUGGUGCAUUUGCACUA